AUAGAAAUGUUUCUUCUAUAACAUUUAAAGAAAAGUCUUCAAAAAUUUUUUGUAAAAAUCUUUCAAUAAUUGUGGAUCUGGGUGAAACAGAUGUAGUAAUUAUAAAGGAAAUUGUGAGUAGUAAAAACACAUCAGAUAGCGAAGAAAUUGAGAAUGUGUCUGGAGUUCAACAAAGCACCACCCAGGCAGAAGACAGCAGUGAGGAAGCUAGCGAAAUAAUUCCUAAUGAUCUACAACCUAUCAUUAUAAUUAAUGACCCAAAUCUAGUUACUUCAAUAAUUAACAGAGUUCUA